AUGGCUGAGAACAUGGUGGCCAUCCGGAGCUUCAUAGAGUGUCGAAAGGCCCAAGAAGCCGAGGCUGAAGCGAAGGCGGCGAAGGCGAAGGCUGACGCGGAGGCCGUAGAGCAGGCAUCUCCUGAUGAAGAACUUCAGGAGCGGCUGUGGCAGUUGGUGCAGGAGCAGCACCCGGAGGCAAUUCGAGAUGAGGCCUUUUUGGCCAUGCCCUUCAAACGCGUGGAUCUGCAACGUCGCUGGCCGCGCUUGGUACAGACGUUGGGUGUCUCUGAACACCAGGCGCUGGAGAUCGUGGAGACUGAUGUGACCCCCUUGUUGGUGGAAUCUGACGACGUGGCCGAAAUCUUGAGCCGUUUGGCGGCCAUCUCAUCUCGGGAGAAGGCUCUGGAGCUAAUUGGGAUCUACCCAUCGAUCUUGGCGCAUGAUGUGAAGCUCACCAGAGGCCACGCGGGAGUCUCCACCAUCGCCGACGUGAUCUAUGCCUCGCGCGUGCGCAACGUCAUCGACGAUGUGCAGAAAGCGGAUAAGGGGAAGAUUGAAGAGAUCGAAGUCUAUUCUCACAUUCUGGCUGGGCUGAAGCCACUGGUUCGAGGGAAAUUGGAUGCUGAGGGCCUGCAGACACUGCGUUCAAAGCUUUUGGAGGCAUCAGCCACCAUCGCUCCAAACAACGCGCUGCGCAUCUUGCUGAAGCGCCUGGCUGAGGCGCCGGACCCUUUGGCGUUUCUCCUCUGGCAAACCAAAGCAGGGCUUUCCGUGGCGUGGCUGCUGCUCCAGCAACCAUCACUGGCGCUAUCCAUUGCCAACCAUUCCCCGAGGAUCUUUCCGCACCUUCCAUCAAUCUACACCCGACUCUCAGUGAUUGAGCCGCAUGUGCCUGGCAUUGUGCGGAUUUUGGACCCGUACUUUGAGGUGGUGCGCCCCCACCUGGAUCGGAUCAUGGAGCGAAUGGAUGAGAUCGAACCGCACCUGCCCUUCAUCUUGUUGAAUUUGGAUGUGCUGGCCAAGCACUGUGGCACCCUGCUGGACUACUUCGAUGACCUUCUCCCUUUUGCGAUCAUGAAUUUUGAUGACGAGGACGGCGAGAAGGGCAGAAGCGAAAGUGUUCAGCAUUUGCCCGUCCUUUUAAACUACGUGGACUUCAUCGUGCCACGAUUGCCGCGAUUGAGACAUCACCUACCAUACAUCAGGCCGCAUAUGGUCCAUGUGAUGCCGUACCUGGACAAACUGCUCCCGUACGUGGACCUUUUUGAGGAUCAUCCCCAAGCCUCUGCGAAUGCAGAUGUGCUCACUGCCUACUUGGGCUGGGUUCUGUACGUGCCAGUGUUGCCGAGGGUGCUCUACCUGCCGGUGAUGCCAUGGCAUCUUGGUGUGAAUCGCGUUUUUCGCGCAGAAACAGCGAUGGUGGACAUCGACUACCAAGCGUUACAACAGCAGACAGCCUUGUGGUUCUUUGCGAUUCUGGGGGAGCAAAGGCUGACACCCAAUGCCAUCAGCUACUCCAACAGCAUCAGCGCAUGUGCUCGUGCUGAGGAGUGGCAAAAAUCCUUGCAGCUUUUCGUCGAAGUCUUGCGACAUGCAGGCCACGUGUUGGACGUCACUCUGUACAAUGCCCUGCUGUCUGCCUGUGAGAAAGCUGCUGAAUGGCAACGGGCCCUGCUUCUGUUCUUCGAGAUGAACCUCCAUGACUUGCAGGCAGACGUGGUCAGCUACAACACCGUGAUCAGCUCCUGUGAAAAAGCGAAAAAAUGGCAAGAGGCACUGGUCCUACUGGCAGAUCUUGAGGAGCAGCAGAUGCAAGCCAAUCGCAUCACCUUCAAUUCGGCCAUGAGCGCAUGCGAAAAAGCCAGCUGCUGGAUUUCUGCACAUCGCCUUUUUCUGGUGAUGUAUGAGAACCACCUGGCGCCUGAUAGAAUCAGCUACAACGUGGCUAUGGCCGCCUGCCAGGGCCCGCGUGCCUGGAAAGCUGCUUUGUCUUUGUUUGGCAACGCGACAGUGGCUGGCCUGGAACCAAACGCAAUCAGUUUGAGUUGCUUGGCCGGCGUUCUCGGCAAUGCAGCCCAAUGGAAGAAAACUUUGGAGUUUAUUGACGGCCCGUGGCGCUCGAAUGUGAUCAGUUUCAAUGCGUCGCUGGCGGCAACGACGCGCUGGAGGGCGGCCCUGCAGCUGGUUGCGUGCGAGCGCCGCACGGAGGGGUUGAGGCUCAAUGUGAUCACUGGCAACACGCUCUUGAGCCACUUUGGUGGCCAAUGGCGCCGCGCCGUGGAUCUGCUUGGGGAACUGGAAACGGAUCUGAUCAGCUAUAACUCCACCAUCAGCAACUGCCAUAGACAUGGCCACUGGGAAGUGGCCCUUGAAAUUUUGAAUGUUUCUUCCAGAGACAGCUGGCCCAACGUCAUCACCUACAGUGCAGUGGCCAGUGCUUGCGAUGUGGCCCUGAAAUGGCGUGCCAGUGUUGUGCUGCUCAACGCAGCUGCAACACAUCGCGUGGGCGUGAAUUCAAUCCUCUACAACGUUGCCAUCAGCAGUUGUGAGAGGUCGACACAAUGGGAGCAUGCUUUGCAUGCGUUUCAGCAACUCGAGAAUUCAACUGCAAGCGACGCGCCGGACCUCACCAGCCUCAACAUUGCCAUUAGUGUCUGUGAGAAGAGCGCGAAGUGGCGCGAGGCGUUGGCGUGGCUGGUGCGCAUCGAUGAACUUCAAUUGCAGCCGGAUGUGGUCACCAUGACCUCCACGAUUGGUGCCUGCGCCAAGAUGAAACGCUGGCAACAAGUGGUGGCACUUUUCGCCAGCGCAGACGACAGGUCCUUGCGCUGCAACGUGUUGACCUUCGCCUCCGGCUGCGCCUUGGGGAUAGGUUCCGGCGCGACGACGAACCGGCAGAUCUUGCGGCUGCUGCGGCUGUUGGAGGACACUGCAGCGCAGCUGCUGACGGUGCCAGGGGAAUGCAUGGUGGGAGAAAAAAAACUGCGCCAAGCUGCGUGGAUGACGGCCAUCACUCGGCUCAGCUGCUACUUGCCGCGGCGCUGGGUACGACCCUUGCUGCGGCGACGCCGGCGGCGGCUGGGGCAACGCUUGGCAACGACUCAGGCUGGACGAUCCAAGAUGCGCCUGACGGUCGCAAAAGAAAAGCCGAGAAAAGCGCCGAGAUCUGAUUGGGAGGAGCGUUUCCAGCGCCAGCUGGGCAAGACCGUGGUGGAGCUCACGGGCGACUUCACGCCGGACAUUGAUGCUCUGGAACGCGCUGAUGUGGUGGUCACCACCCCGGAGAAAUGGGAUGGCAUCUCGCGGCACUGGCAGCACCGCGCGUACGUGCGAAAAGUAGGCUUGGUCAUCAUUGAUGAGAUCCACUUGCUCGGGCAGGACCGUGGGCCCGUUUUGGAAGUGAUUGUGUCGCGAAUGCGCUACAUCUCGUGCAACUUGGACAAGGCAAUUCGCUUCGUUGGCUUGAGCACUGCAUUGGCCAAUGCCCACGACAUCGCCGAUUGGUUGGGCAUCGGAAUUGUGGGUCUCUACAACUUCAAGCCUUCCGUGAGGCCCGUGCCGAUGACUGCCCACAUCCAGGGCUAUCCGGAGAAACACUUUGUGGCACGCAUGGCUCAGAUGAACAAGCCCUGCUUCCAUGCCAUCAAGAACCACGCAGUGAAAGCUGAUGGUAUCAAGCCGACCUUGAUCUUCGUUUCCUCCAGGCGACAAACACGACUCACAGCGCUGGACAUUGUCGCAUUUAUGUCAGCAGAUCCCGACGAAGAUCCGAAGCAGUUCUGCAAGAUGGAGCCACACGAGCUCGAGUACGCCACACGGCGAGUCACUGACCAGAGCUUGAAACAUACCUUGGAGUUUGGCAUCGGCAUUCACCAUGCCGGUCUACCUGAGAGGGACCGCAAGGUGGUGGAAGAACUCUUUGUGGAAGCCAAGAUCAUGGUGCUGAUUUCAACUUCCACCUUGGCCUGGGGCGUGAACUUUCCAGCUCACUUGGUGAUCAUCAAGGGCACGGAGUACUAUGAUGGCCAGCUGAAGCGAUACGUUGACUUCCCCAUCACCGAUGUCUUGCAGAUGAUGGGCCGGGCGGGACGUCCGCAGUUUGAUACCGAAGCUCGAGCCGUGGUCAUGGUCCAUGAGCCGAAGAAGAACUUCUAUCGGCGUUUCAUCUACGAGCCCUUCCCGGUGGAAUCCUCCUUGCACGAGCAGCUCACGGAUCACCUGAACGCGGAGAUCGUGGCGAAAACCAUCAGGACGCGCGAGGAAGCCAUCGAUUACGUCACCUGGACUUACUUCUUCCGCCGCUUGACUGCAAAUCCUGCCUACUAUGACCAGCAAGCAGCGCUUCUGGAGACACCUGAUUUCGAGAAGCAGAAGGAUAUGCUGGCCAACUACAUCGAACGCCUCAUGAACAAAUGCUUGGACGAGUUGAUCCGAUCUGGUUGUAUCGAGCUGAAGGAAGCGCAACAAGCACCCCAAGGCUUAAACUCUGCACUGGUUGAGCCGACCAAGUUGGGACGGAUCACAUCGCUUUACUAUUUGAGUCAUCGCACCGUAGCGCAGUUUCAACGUACGCUGGCGCGUGAAGGCAUGAGUUUCGUAGAGAUCAUGCGUGUGCUCUGCGAGUGCCCUGAGUAUGACGAACUGCCUGUGCGGCACAAUGAGGACAAACUCAACGCAGAGUUCGCGGAACAUUGUCCGCUUGAGGUGGAUUUAGCGAUCCAAGCCUAUGACUCGCCUCACACCAAAGCCUUCCUGCUACUGCAGGCCCACAUGUGGGGUAUUGCUCUACCGAUCAAUGACUACAAGACAGACUUGAAGAGCGUGCUCGAUCGAUCCAUCCCAUUGAUCAUGGCCAUGGUGGAUAUCGCUGCAGAGGAGGCGCAGCUACGAUCAACGUUGAAUCUCAUCCUGUUGCUGCAGUGUUUACACCAGGCCCAUCAACCUUGGCGAAGUUCGCUGGCAACGCUGCCGCACUUGUCUGACAAAGCUUUGCGGAUUUUGAGGGACAUGGGUGUAGACAGUCUGCCGGAGUUGAUUGAACGACGGGAUGCCUCCAAGAUCUUGACGAAGCUGUCUCUUCCCAGCGCCGACGCGCAUAAAGAAUUGCUGCAAAUCGUGCAGGAUAUGCCCAGGCUGCGCAUGCGCGUGGAGCUUCGCAUUUUGGAUCCAGAGGAGCCCAAGGACGAGACCCAAGCGCAGCCAGAGCCAGAGGACGGCAAGGUGAAACGUCGCAAGGGGAAGCUGGUGCCGUCUCCUUACAAGGUGCCACCCGAUCGGGAGCUGGAACUCACAGUGGUCUUGUGCUACGACAACGAACCGAUGAAGUUCGUCCACGCGCCUAGGUUCCCUAAGAAGAAGACCUACUCCUGGUGGUGCAUCCUGGGGGAUACCGAGGUGGAUGAGUUGGUCUCCAUCAAGAAAGCCCUGAUGCCAACCAGACAACGCUUCGAAAAGCGCAUCAGCUUCCAGUUCUGUUCUCCCGCCGAUGAAGUGGGCGAAACCUUCACUUUGUCCGUGCUCUGCAUGUCGGACUCCUUCUUUGGGCUGGAUCAGCAGUUGGAUCUGUCAAUUACCACGGCGGAACCUGAGGCCGCAGGCCUCACCGUGAAUGGUGGGUGUGAGGAGCGUUGUACAGUCCCAAAGGGCCAGAUCCUGGAAAAAAGUGCAGCGGUCCAGGGAGGUGGUAGCACUGCACCCACCACAGCAGUGACCUUCGACCAAGAUGUAGAUAGCCUGCCGCUGGAGUUUCUGACGAUCCCUGAAGAAGUUUUUGAGCACCAGGACCUCGACCAUGAGUCUCAGCAGAGAGUGGAGUCAGCCGUGAAACAUGUGAUUCUUCUAAAGUGCCAGGUAGAAGUCACACCCCGCAGUGCCAAACACCGCAUUUUGCGGAAGAUGCCAAAAGAGUUUGUUUUUGAUAGAUAUCAACCAGAUGGCAUUGGCAGCCUUGCAGUCUCCAGCAAAGAUGGUACCACCAUCUUCCAGCAACCAGACCUCUCCAUGUCGCUGUGCAGCCGCUUGAAGAACCUUCAACAGGUAGAUCACUCAAGCCUGAGCGACCUGUCGCACCUGUCGUUGGACGACUUGCACCAGGAAAAGGUGGCGUUCGGGGAGAAGCACCAGGGCAAGACCUUUCAGGAGGUAUGGAAGACGGAUCAGAGCUGGAUCCAGUUUGUAGCCGGCCGCUACAACAAGAGUCCCAAGACGGCACAUCGUCUACUGAUCCGCUACAUAGAGUUGAUGCUAGAUCACCACGAGGAGCAGCAAUUGCCCAUCCUUGUGGAUCUGAGUGCCAGCGAGUCAACGGUGAUUCCAGUAGCCCAAGGCCAAAGGCCAACGGUGAACCUUACAACCGCCAAAGCCAAGGCAAAGCCAUUGGCCCAGCCGCGAUCCAUGAACCUGGCUCCCACCGCAACUCAUUUGCCCGACAUGGAAGACGGGGAUUGGGAGACGACUUCAGAAGCGUACCUCCAUGGGUAUAUGCAUCAGACCCCAUUGGAGCAAGAUCCCAAUUUUGUUGCAGUGCAGAGUCGUCUCCUGAACAUGGAAAAUGCAUUGACUCGAGUGAUUGCUCACUUGGAGCGCCAGGGCAAUUGUGGCCAGAUGGAUCUGCCGGAGGAUCCGCAUGCAGGCCAAUGGAAGGCCACGAUUGCAGCAGCAGCUCGCAUGAAAUUCGAAGUGCAUCCCUGUGAAAGCACAUCAGAAUCGAGUCAACAGCCUGACCAAGAACCCGAAACCAUCAGCCAUGAUCCAUCACAUGCCAGUUUGGAGAAUGACAAUGAGGUCACUGAAGAAAUUCAACAGCUGUUGUGUUGUGAAUCUGCAGAUGCUUUUGCCGAAUGCUCUGAGCAAGGCUUCGCCUUUAGAUGUGAGUUUGAUGUGCCGAUUCCAGCGUCCCACCAAGAGUCCGAUCUGACCAAUGCAGAUCCCUGGAUAUUCCUGGUAUCAGACUUGGUGCAGUGGAAGCUGAAAAGCAAGCUUUGGGAGCGUCCUGCAGUUUGGAAAAGGGGCUGGCUCUGGUUCUCACCUGAUGAGGGUGAAGAACCCAGGUAUCGCAUCGAUAGUCACCAGAGUACGCCCAAGGUGAUGUUGGAUGGAGCUUUGUUGGAGGCCCCUCCCGGCACCUACACCUUUACGGGUCCUGCAGCGACAUUGCUGGAACUACAGUACCUGGGUGAAGGGCAAUGGACUCUCCUGGUGGAUGGUCAUGAGGCAGAACUCUACACCCCGGAGGGUACUGAUUCGGGGCGCACUCAGCAGAUCUGCUGGUGGAGAUUUGGCAUCACCGGAACUGGGACGCAUCAUGUUCGGGCUGCCGAUAUCGGAACGCCACAUCAGCAGAUUUGGGUUGAUGGCGCACCACUGGAUGCACCCCCGGGAACGAUGAGUUUCACCGGUCCUGGUGCGUGUCUCUUGGAACUGAUGCAGCGAGAAGACGGGCAGUGGAUGUUGCUUUGCGAUGGCUAUCCUUUGCAGCAACACAAUCCUGGAAACGACAGCGGGGAACCAUCUCUCUGUUGGCAGUUCGCCCUGGCGACGGGGCAUCAUUUGCUGGCGGUUCGACAGAUCGGCAAGCGAGGUCAGCAGUUCUACCUUGAUGGGGCUGAUUUGCAGGUGCCGGAAGGCUGCCUGGAAUUCACCGGGCCAGGGGGUGUCUUGCUGCAGCUGGCGAAGUUGGAUGACGGAGCCUGGCACCUUUUGGCCGAGGGCUCGGACAUGGGCGCUGGGCUGGCUUCCAUGGAGGCAGCCGACGCGCCACUGCAGGCGUCGUUCUCCUUCGUUCUGCCAGCCACAGGGAAUACCCAUUCCGUGCAGGCAUACAAUGUGGGUCGUCAGGGACAGAUCAUCUACCUGGACGGUUCGUUGCUGGAGCUGAAACUCCAAGAGGGCCGAUGGCAACUCUUUGUGGAUAAUCAAAGCAUUGCCGCCUUGACCACCAGGUCAUCCCUCGUCCCCGGACCUUUGUCACUCCUGGCCUCGGGCGGCCAGGACCGAGCUCCGGUGUCCUCGGAGGUGGCAUUACCCCAGGGAGUCUCCUUUGACGCGGAGCAGCAACGUUAUACGGCGACCAUCCGAGUGGCUGGGCGCUUUCGGAACUUGGGCCUCUUCCAUUCGCCCGAAGAGGCUCACCAAAGAUAUCUUGCCGCAAAGCAGGAGUUGGGCCAGUGA